AUGGCUGUGCGUAUUACAGAAGGCAAGGCCAACUAUUUUCUGUUGCUAAUGGAAGCCCAGGACCUUCGCAUGCAUCAUCUUGCCUCGCCGAUCAGUGCUUGCGCUUUCCAUGCCACUGCGAGAUCUCAAAAUCACCCUACAAGAUCUUCCAGACGCCGCCCGAGCAGCCUACGCAAGAAAGUCGCACCCAAAGACAUUGUCAAGUUCCUGGUCAUCGAGAUCUUGCAACAGCAGCACGAGAUUGCCAAGUCUCAAGCUGAGAUCUUGAACACUCAGCACAGCAACUACCACACUCUGCUUGAGAUAACGGAAAACAUGCAACACACAAUCAGCCAUAUCCAGGCUGUCAAGGAAGAUGUACAAGUCAGUGACAAGAUCGCCUUUGCUGCAGGUUUUGGUUGUGGUCUUCUUGUCUUGCUGGGUAUCUGGCUAUAUGUUCAUAAGAAACCUGGAGCCUGGAGCCUGACAAAGUUGGACUGA